AUGGACGACAAAAGUAAUGGCCCUCUUACGGUGUCCCAGCAAAUGGCAAUGAAGGAAAAAAGGACACAAGAAUCGCCAUGUUCUGGACGACUCUUUGUUGUAUGUGGUCGGAAUCGUCAAGUCGAUGAAUUGCGGACGCUCUUUUCUACGUGUGGUGCCAUUAAACACCUGCAUCUCGCCCUGGAUCGUAGUAAAAAGUCACGGGGAUUUGCCUUUUUACAGUAUGAAGACCCUCUUCAUGCCAUUGUAGCCAUGGAAAAACUGGACCAUAUCAAGUUGGACGAUGGACAUAUUCUCAAGGUAACUGUCGCCAAGGAGCGACCUGUAGGUGGUGGAAAUGGCAAAUUAAAGCGUGAUCAACACGCACGACAAGAUUUGGACGAGAAAAUAGAGGGAAAAGUUGGAGAAGAUGAUGGAGGAAGUGAGGUGAGACUGCCGGGAAAACGACAACGAUCGAGUCGGUCCGUUGUCACUUUGCCAUUGGGACCGAGUCGAGUGACAUCGUCACAUUUGCUGGAAAAGUAUCCACUUCCAGCUUUCCAAGCUGAUGGUGUCAAAAUGGAGGAUAGACAAACGAAAACGAUGAGAACGAGUCAGCUGCCAUUAUCACCUGCAGAAGUCGGUGACGAGGAAAUGAUAAAAGUUGAUGUGGAUUUAAAACAAGUGGAGCAAGUGAUGCGUGUUAUGCUACUUGCGGUGGAGAAAUACGAAGCGUGCUCCGAAGCAAGCAGCGGUCAGUUGUUUACAACGUACCAGCAGAUGAUAUCGAUGCCAAGUCGAGCAAGUAAACAGAAGGAAGCUGGAAAUGUCAGGGUUGGAUUUUUGGAAGAGGCUGAAGGCGAAAAUAGCACAGAGUCACUGGCAUCAAGUAUUCGAUCAGUGUCGUUAGUAUCAAAACGAAUGACGGCUCGAGGAUCUCUGCUCGAUCCGCCACAAACACCUAGGGCGACAACAAGAAACAGCAAAGGAGUGGCACUUCGCCGCCCGAAUCAUCACUUGCGCAGGCGACGACAGAGUUUAGAUAGCAGUGGAUCGAGCACAGGAGAUGCAUCUGAUGGCAGCGGCGUCCGCCGCAAAAGAAGCAAUACUACAACGUCACCUUCGCAUACUACGUUUACGGCUCAUAUUCGUGCCAAAUCCCAGCCAUUUUCCCCACCGGGAGAGUGUCUUGACCGCAGUGACGUGUCACCCGACGCAUUGACAGCCGAAAUAGCGCCGAAAAAGCAGUGUAAACGACAGUCGUCGGACAAUGAAAUUGAGGAGCCAUAUCGAUUAGCGAAGCAGCAGGCAACUCAGGAGAGGCGCGCUCCUGAUGGUUUCAUGGUAGAUCGGGGGCAUGCUCGACCCAUUAUAACCGAUAUCGAUAAGAGAUAUGGAGAGGAUCGAGGCAUGAAGCUCCAACUUAAAUUGGAGUCAACUGAGCAGGCACGAACCAAGCUAUUCUUCACGUCGACGUACAAGUUUACGGAGCAGGAACUGGAAGCAAUGUUUGUGGUAUACGGUGAUUUUGAAUCCGCACAACUUGUCAGGAGUUUUGGCCGCGUCAAAACUAUGGCUUAUAUCCGUUAUUCAAAGCCUUGCACUGCAGCAUUCGUCGUCGAAUCAUUUCGGGAGGAAUCAUCACAUGGGGACGCAGACCCGGAACGGCUUGAAUUUAUGACACUAUCAUUUGCACACGAAACGGGUGGGUUACAAUUGCAGCAGCGAGAGAAACCGGCACAAUUGCACGCUGAAAGAGCGCUAGGUUGUUCAUCUAGCUUACAUCCCAGUCUACCAAAAAAGUCUGUGCCGUCGACACUGACAAGCCUUCCGUCAGUUGGAAAAGAUCGCCUUUGGGUGUUACUGUUGUACGAUCGGUUUCUAGCGACUCACAUGCUGUCGUCGGUGGUUUCGUCAUUACCGGGGAUGGAAUUCAUGGAUAUUAAGGUUGUAAAGAGUACCGGCGAGGCACAAGGAGUGGCUUUUGCGAAGUUUGACUCUGACACAAGGGCUACACAAGCGGCGCUUCAGCUUCAUCAAAUGGAGUUACCUCUAGGUUCCGGCAAGUUCUUACAGGCAAUUGUGAUUCUAGCGCCGAGCCUGUUUAGCACCACUCAUGGAAACAACUCGAUUGGUACCCACGAGUCCUUGCGGCUCGAUUAUGCUGCAGAUGAAAGAGUUGUAACGGGGUCAUCUGAAGAUGUAGAUUUGCGCGCUGUUGAGGCGCGUUUUGCGCAUCUAAUGCGAAGUACUGAGCUGCCAUACACAAGGGAGGGACCGUAUUUUCACAACUAUGCUAGCCUGCCUUUUCCUAGAGGGGCUACACCGGGUGACCAGCAAUCAUCACCAAUGGCAGCAGGCGUAUAUCCGCCGCAUCCUGGUGAAUUUCAUAUGGGUUUAUCUACCGGGCGGGACCAUUGUCCGAUGCAAUACGUGACAUAUCCCCCACCUCCUCCCCCACAACAAUCUUUUCAAGCGUAUGCUAACUUCUGGCCAGGAAACAACUAUCAACAACAACCACUUCAGCAUCAACAAUUUGUAGGAAACGCAUCUGGGUGGAUGGAAACUGUACCGUAUUAUCAAGAUGGAGCUCAACAGUAUCCGAUGUCGUGCGUACUUGGUCAAGAAAUGGCACUACCUGUUGUUGAUAACUUGGCAAGGGGACCUGACUCUUUUGCUGUGUCUCCUAAACCGCUUUUUUCCCCGUCGGAGCAAAUGGACGCCGAAGAUGCUAAGAGAAAUUGCAACAACCAGGUCUCCUGUUCUAUCCACGUAUCGACCAGCGAGCCGCUAGAGCUUGUCACGUUGGUCAGUGCAUUUCAGGAUUGUCCUGGAGUAGUAUCAUUUGAGAAAGAUACCGUUGCCGAGUCAGAAACGACUGGUUAUAUGGUGCAUUUUUCAAACGAGGCACAGGCGUUGGAGGCCCAGCGCAAAUUGAAUGGGAUAAUGUGUGGAGGCCAAAUGCUUCGAGUUGCGAAAAAUACAUUAACAAGACAGCGAGGAAGUGGAAAAACUCGCACUGGCUCCGGGCGUCGAAAGCGGCAGCGAGUUGACCCACGAACCCGGAAAUGA